AUGGAAAUUGACGGUGCGAAAGCUACUGUACGAGGCAACAUGGUGGGGGAGCAGGAGGUGACGGAGGAACCAGACGUUGGUCCAAAGCCUAGGCCAUGGAGUCGCGAAACAUAUUUCGGUUCAUUCUUGUUCAACCUAGCUGCUUUCGCCCUCCCAGCCUUGUACAGCACCCUCAGCAAGCUCUGGGUGGCUAACAUCGACGCGAAGCAAGUAGUCACGACCGAUAUCUACACCUACAUUGGAGUCAUUGUGGAAGUGCUUAACGAGGGUCUGCCUCGCUCUGCAUGGCUCGUCAUUGGGGACAAGUCCACGCGCACUGUCAGCUCGCGAUUGAAUCUGGCUUACACAAUGAUCCUUGCACAGACUGCCCUUGGAAUAAUAAUGACAGUAAUAUUCCUCGCAGCCUCCAAGACUCUGGCCUCAGGGUUCGUACCAGUGGAAGUGCGACAAACUUCCAUCACCUACGUACGACUCUCAUCUGUACAGGCCGUGACCUCUGCAGUAGAAGCUGCUUUGUCUGCCUCAACAAGGGCGCUGGAUAACCCCGACGUGCCGUUGAUCAUCAGCUCUGCCAAGUUCCUCAUCAACAUCGUUCUCGAUUUACUAGUUAUUUCAAAGGUACACGUUGGUGGGUGGAAACCUACAAUUGUCAUGCAGGCCAUAAUUCGGCUUGUUUGUGAUAGUGUAUCGUCUUUGGCUGGGCUGAUAUACUUUCUCACCUUUGUCGCGAGAGGUUCUCAAAAGGAUACAGAUGGUCCGCAUAGACUGCGCUGCAGCUUUUCCAGUUUGUUGAUACUGAUCAAACCUAGUCUUUACACAUUUGCCGAGUCGGCUAUCCGAAAUGCAAUCUACCUGUGGCUUGUCCAUAGCAUCAUUCUGCUAGGAAGUGACUAUGCAACUUCAUGGGGAGUCUUUAACACGAUCCGCUGGGGGCUUGUCAUGGUUCCUGUACAGGCAUUGGAGGCUUCUACCUUGGCUUUUGUGGGUCAUAACUGGGGCCAAUUCCGUGCUGAAAGUGACAGGGUAUACCCUACGGCAACCAGACAAGGCCUUAUUGAACUGAUUCGGCCAGCGCUUCGAUCCUGCACGAUUGUAUUGGUUUUUGAGACAACCAUGUGCAUUGCACUAUCGCUACGUGGGAUAGAGGCGUUUGCGUAUUAUCUAUCCGACUCGAGGGUCGUGGCAAGUAUCACUCAAAUCAUGUGGAAGAAUAUCGACUGGACCUACAUAUUUUAUGGUCUAAAUUGCCAGAUCGCAGCAAUUCUUCUUGCGACAUCGCCGCGAUGGUACCUCUACCAAUCACUUGGAUCCAACUUCCUGUGGAUGCUGCCUUGGGCGAUUAUUGUUACAGUCAUAUCCUUGCCAAAAUCCUUAGCGUGGACGUAUUAUGCAAUCAUAUUUGGCGGCGCUCUUGUUUUUGACUUUAUCAACGUGAGCUUGAUUGCCACCCUGUGGGCUUACAGACUCAUGAGAGGGAAGGUUGGAAUGGGUUCAGAAACCUAA